AUGCCCUCAGUCCUUUCCAAGGGCCUCGCUUCCGUGGCUCUGGGCGCUGCAGUCGCCCAAGCCCAGCUCUGGGACCAGGUCAUCCAGACAAGCUACGGUCCUGUGAAAGGCUACAAGUACUUCACCAACGAGACCGCCCUCGAAAAGUACUUCGGCACCUCCGAGUCCAACGUUACUGCUUUCCUCGGUAUCCCCUUCGCCGCUGAUACUGGCUACCAGAAUCGCUGGAAGGCGCCCCAGCCUCGUGAGCCAUGGAACGAAACCUUGAACGCCACGUCCUUCGGCCCUGCUUGCCCCAGUAACUACGCAACCGAAAUCAGUGAGGACUGUCUCAGCUUGAACAUCUGGACCAACGCUGGCUCGGCCGAUGCUAAGCUCCCGGUCAUGGUUUGGAACCAGGGCUCCGAUGAAACCAGCGAUGAUGCCUGGUGGUAUGGUGGCGGUAUGGCUAUGAAGGACGUCAUUCUCAUCUCCUUCAAUCGUCGUGACGAUGCAUUUGGCUACCUCGCCACCCCGGAGCUCAAUGCGGAGGGUCUCGCAACCACUGGCCACAACACAUCCGGCAACUACGGUGUCCUUGACCAGCUGGAAGUUCUGAAGUGGGUGCAAAAGAACAUUGCCAACUUUGGUGGUGAUCCUGACCGCGUGACUGUUGCCGGGCAGUCUUUUGGUUCCUCUCAGGUGUACCACGCUGUCAACAGCCCCCUCUUCACGGGUUACUUCCACGGAGCCAUCUCCGAGUCUGGCAUCAGAUAUCCCUACGAUCCCUUGUUGGCUGGUCUUGCCACCUCUUAUGUUAACAUGUCCACGGCCAUCACUCAUAGCGAGGCUUACAUCGCUGAGCACAACGUCUCUACCAUCGCUGAGAUGCGUGAGCUUUCCAUGGAGGAUCUUCUCGUCGGUUCCCAGGAUCGUGUCAACGGCACUUGGAUCUGGUGGGUGACCGCCCUCUCGGCAGGCUACCCUCUCAUCUUCAAGCCGGUUCUGGAUGACUACGUUCUCCCUUCCACCUACCUUGAGACUCUCCAGAACGGACCUGCCAACGAUGUCCCCGUCAUCACCGGUAACACCAAGGACGAAUCUGGUGCGUCGACCACCACCGACUACACUGUUCAUGAAUAUCUGAACUACACUUCUCUCAAGUACGGCGAUUUGUUCGACCGCUACAUCAAGCUCUACCCCGUCAACGACAACGCCACUACCGGUGACCGCUCCUGGAACGCUGCCGCCCGUGACGCCUCUCUCGUCGGUUCCUGGGCUUACGCUACCGACUGGUACAAGGCCGCCGAGUCGCCCUUCUUCACUUACUACUGGACCCACGCUCCUCCCGGUCAGAGCGCGGGUGCUUUCCACCAGUCUGAAAUUAUGUAUGCGCUGAACGCCCUUUACGCCAACGCGGACACCUACCCCUUCACCGAGGUCGACUACGAGAUUGGAGAGAAGAUGUCUGCCUACUGGGCCAACUUCGCCAAGACCCUCAACCCUAACCUGGGUGAUUCCUACACUGGUAAGGGCAGCCUGCCCCGCUGGACCCCGAACAGCCCCAAUGGCACCCAAGUCGUCAUGGAGCUGGGUAACUACUUCGGCAACGUGCCCAUUGCCCACCCCAACCAGGUGGAGCUCCUCAUGGACUGGUUCCACGAGCAGAUUCCUUACUAG